UGGAAUCAGUGGUGACAAUUGUGUCAUUAGUACUAGUUUGUGUGUUAUCAGCAAAGGCAGCAUGAGCAGAGUGAUUAGGGUGGAUUCUAGGACCCCUAGGACCAUCCCAAUUAGGUGGGUAGCCAAUGACCUGAAAACAUCUUUCAGAAGGGUGAUUAUAGCCACAAUGGAUGCAUUUAGGUCUGUCUUUGAAGUAUGGAGGUUUGUCUUUGGAAGAUGGAACGGAGAUAGUGCCGUCGAUGAAGCCGACCUUAUUCUUCACGCUGAGUGCCAUGGUGACCGCCCGGCUCCAGGAGACAUAGUUGUCGCCGGAAAAUGGAUCUGCAACGAUCAAUGCGCCCGGGUUGUCGCUGGCGUGAAGAUAGAACGCAGAGGAUGGAUCAUCAGAGGGAUUGACAGCCAUUUGAUUGAGAUUAGAGAGCGAUCGAGUGAUAUAGGGUUUCAGAUAGCGAUCGAGAGCAGUAGACAAGAAAAACAGAACAAAAUCAGAGAAAAUAUGUCAGAUAAAAUGAGUGAGGCUGCUAUUCUAGAUGUUGUGAGAAAUAAUUUCCCGGGCCACCUAAUUCUUGAGGAGGAAGGUGGGCUCAUAGGAGAUACAUCUUCACAUUGUCUUUGGUGCAUUGAUCCCCUAGGUAAAACCGUAAAAGUACCUCUCAACCUUUUACUUUACUAUUUAUUUAUAUCCCUUUGUUGUUGUGAGUUUCAAAAUUAUUGUUCAACAUGUAUAAUUGCACAAUUUGUAGAUGGCACGACAAAUUUUGCUCACUGUCGUUCGAGCUUUGUCGUUUCCAUUAGAGUCCUUUACACAGGAAAACCAGUUGUGGCUUAU